AUGAUUGUUCAACAACCUCACAUUCUUACACAUAACAUGGAUCUUGCAUGGCAAGCAAUGCCUGUUCUCUUAAGAAAUUGUCCACAUCUAGCAACUCUAGUCCUUAAGGGUCUCUUACACCGUGUCACAGAUAAAUGUGGGGAUUCAUGUAUCUGCAUUUCGCCUGAGGAGAAAGGCCGUUCGCUUGUGUCUUGUCCAGUGAAGAGGUUAGAGACUAGGGAGUUGGAGAUCUACAUUAAAGAUGAUCCUCUACAUUUACAACAAAACCCCAAUUUACUGCAGGAACUAAUGCGUUACAACGAAUCAGGUCUCAGUCCCAAUGUUAACUUCAAGGUGCACGAAUCCAUGCCAUUGAACUGCACAAUGAAGUCUUCGUGA